AUGGGAGCAAGUGUCAGUGUCAUGCCUAAGGUGGUCUAUGACUGCCUUAAUCAUCAUGCGCUUGCCCCUACUGCCAUGUGUUUGCAGCUAGUGGACCAAUCGGUUCGCUACUCUGCGGGAGUAGCGGAGAACAUUCCGGUGAAAAUCCGGAACUUCCUUAUUCCCGUAGACUUCGUCGUCCUCGACAUGGAAGUUGACACCAAGACACCUCUCAUUCUUGGGAGGCCGUUCUUGAGUACCGCAAACGCAAGUAUUGAUGUGGGAACUGGAGAAAUUCAGCUCAACAUCAAUGGUCAGAAGGAGACAUUCACCUUCAAGCCGAAGGUCGAACAAUGUUCUCAAGUCAAGACAAUCAACCGGAAAAAGAAAUCCGAGAAAAAGCCGGAGAAGCCGUCCAUCCCACCUAUCAAAGCCCUCAUUAAGUACGUAGAAAGUCUACUGGAUUCAAGAGGAGGCGAAGCAAAUUAA